ACUAGACACAAGCGGAGUAACCCAACACUUUGAUUUCUCUACCGAAUGCGCGCGGAGACGCACGAGGGGAUGCGAGAAAGCGGCGCGCGCGGCGAAUUCGGGACUUCAGAAGAGCCGACGCUCUGAGAGAGGAGAGGAAGGAGAGAACAGAGGAGGAAGAGAAGAAGAAAAGAGCGGACAGGAGGACCGAAGAAGGGCUGAGAGGCGCCCGGAGAAGCGCGAGAGAAGCAACGGCGUUAAAGCGGCGGCGCUUUUUUUUUGUUUUUUCCUCCUUUCUUUGAACUUUGAGAGCGCGCGGCGACAGGAGCAUGCUGCCUGUGAGCUGAGCGCGCGGGUUACAUUAUUAUUAUUGUUUAUUGUUAUAUUGUUUCCACUUAUCACCCAACAGAACAAUCAAGUUUGCGAGGGGACGCUAAUAAAAAAUCCGACAAAGAAGGACUUUUAAUAAAGACUUUAAAAUAAAGUAAUGCACCUACAAGAUCACGAGCCGUAGAUCGAGAUCUUUUUGUGCGCUAUUUUUAUCUUUUCUCGCGCUUUGCUACUUUUUUAUUGUUGUUUUGGGAUCGCUGGGACUGACAUUGAUUGCACCGACGCUGGAAGCGCGAGGAUCCACAUGGUCCAACCCGUCGCGUGAAAGUUUUUACUUCUCCACAACUGACGAACAGGUGCCACGUGAUGAUGGUAGAAUCAGCAACUGAGACCAUUCGAACGGCGUCCUCCAAUCAAAAUGGAGUCAGCAGUCUGAGCAGCCAGUCGGAGGGCGGAGGAAGAGAAGGCGGGUCCAAUGGCGACACCAAUGGCGAGAUCAGCCCUGUGGAUUUACUGCACCUUCAGCAGCAGCAGGCUCUCCAGGCAGCACGCCAGUUCCUCCUCCAGCAGGCCACAGGACUCAGCUCUCCCAGCAGCAACGAGGUCAAACAGAGCCCAGUACAGGUUCCAGUGUCCAUGGCCAUGAUGACCCCCCAGAUGAUCACUCCUCAGCAGAUGCAGCAGAUCCUGUCGCCUCCACAGCUGCAGGCUCUGCUCCAACAGCAACAGGCCCUGAUGCUGCAACAGCUGCAGGAGUACUACAAGAAACAGCAGGAGCAGCUGCAUCUCCAGCUCCUCAGCCAGCAGCAGCAGCAGGCAGGGAAGCAGGCCAAAGAGCAGCAGCAGUUGGGCAGCAAACAGCUGGCCUUCCAGCAGCAGCUGAUCCAGAUGCAGCAGCUUCAGCAGCAGCACAUCCUCAACCUGCAGCGGCAGGGCCUGGUCAGCCUGCAGCCGGGCCAGGGGGCGGUACCCAUACAGAGCCUGCAGCAAGCCAUGUGUCCCACGGAUCUUCAGCAGCUGUGGAAGGACGUGGCGGUAGUGCAGAGCGCGGAGGAGGCCGUCAAGCACGAAGGCCUCGACCUGAGCACCAACAGCUCCAACUCUACCUCAUACUCGGCCUCCAAGGUCUCACCUCAGAUCCCCCAUCAUCCUUUGCCAAAUGGACAGAACUCUGUGCACACUCCAAAGAGAGACAGAGCGAGACUCUUUGAGUGGAUCUCGUCCUUCACCAAGGGGGAGUCCAGUGACGAGCAUAUCAUGCCUUACUCCAAAGGCACCCCUCUGCAGAGUACCCACUCGACCCAUGAGGAACACACAGCCACUCAUCCGCUCUACGGCCAUGGCGAGUGUAAAUGGCCAGGCUGCGAGGCACUCUGUGAAGACAUGGGCCAGUUUAUCAAGCACCUCAACAAUGAGCAUGCCCUGGAUGACCGCAGUACAGCCCAGUGCAGGGUGCAGAUGCAGGUCGUUCAACAGCUGGAGAUACAGCUGGCCAAGGAGAGCGAGCGUCUGCAGGCCAUGAUGGCCCACCUGCACAUGCGUCCAUCGGAGCCAAAGCCUUUCAACCAACCUCUGAAUCUGGCCUCCAGCGGCUCUCUCUUGAAGCGGGACAGCGAGGGUUUCCCAGAGGGUUUACCUCACCCCCCCACCUCAGCGGCAGCCCCUAUCACCCCCAUGAGGCAGGGUCCCUCCGUCAUCAGCUCCUCCAGCCUGCACGGGGUGGGACCCAUCCGCCGACGCAACUCCGACAAGUUCUGCACCCCCAUCGCAUCGGAGCUUGCACAGAAUUGUGAAUUCUACAAAAAUGCUGAUGUCAGACCUCCAUUUACAUACGCCUCCCUUAUACGCCAUGCCAUACUGGAAUCCCCUGACCGACAGUUGACUCUCAACGAAAUCUACAACUGGUUUACACGGAUGUUCGCCUAUUUCAGGAGAAAUACGGCAACAUGGAAGAAUGCCGUGCGCCAUAACCUGAGCCUGCACAAGUGCUUUGUGCGGGUGGAGAAUGUCAAGGGUGCCGUUUGGACUGUGGAUGAAGUGGAAUACCAAAAGAGGAGACCACCAAAGAUGACCGGUAACACUUUAAGCCAGCCUGAAUAUCACUUAAUAAGUCCCACUCUGGUGAAGAACAUGAUCUCUGGAUUGGGCUUCGGCUCACUUAAUGCCAGCUAUCAGGCAGCGCUGGCAGAGAGCAGUCUGAGCCUCCUGAACAGCCCCACCCUGAUGAGCAACAGCACGGGCGCCAGCCUCAACAUGUUGCACGUGGGGCAUGACGACGUCAGCAGCACUGUGGAGCAGGUGAACAGCAACGGCAGCUGCAGCCCCGGCCUGUCCCCGCAACAGUAUGGACACCAGAUCCACGUGAAGGAGGAGCCGGCCGAGAUGGAGGAGGACAGCAGGCCCGUGUCCCUGAUGGCGUCCGUCACUCAAAACCUGAGCAUGCCCGGUGAUGAGCGUGACAUGGAUGAGGAGCUUCCCACUGAGGAGCUGGAGUAGGAGGAGCAAGGAAGAGGUGGGCGGAGCCAGGAGAAGACCCCGGCUCUGCUUCCUUUCCCAAAAAAAAGGUGUUAAUAACGUUAAUAAUGACCACAGACAAGCGAGGAAAACAACGAGAGGUGAUACGGAACCACAAAACUACAAACGUCACAUGAAACCAAAACAGGGUUAGACCUCGUCGCUUCUUCAUGCAAAAACACGGAACAUGCAUUGUUUUUGUUUUUUCUCGUUUUUGUUUUUCCUUUCCCUUUAUCUUUUUUUAUUGUUCUUUUUUAUUGAUUUUGUGCUUCUGAUCACUAAAGACUAAGGAAACACAUUCUAAACUAAACUCCCAGAGACUAUUUCUGCGCCACCCAUCCACCGGAGCCAGCCAGUCGCUCGCUGACGUAUGUGAUUACGGAUUUUUCAGAUUUCGGACUGGUACCGAUGCGGUGCGUGUUUGUUGGACACUGAGAUCGGCCAGUUUAAAACUGCUGCAGUCAAACACAGCGCUCCAAAUGCCCCUAUCCCCUCCCCGAGGCGAGUCGUCUUUCUUUAUUUUCUUGUUAUCAGCUUUAAUCUUUAUUUCUUUUGUUUUGUUUAUUAUAAUAAUUUUUGCCUGAGAACACUGCUACUGCUUGGCUUUGGGCUGAACAGCUAAACUACAGUACAGUGGGUUUGUGGUUUACCUCAGAUUGAUGCUCAAAGGAGAAAAGGAGAAGGCAACAGAAGACAACAGACUCAUCUUCAGACUGUCCUACGGAAUGUCCUUUCAGAAUGUCCUCAUUUCUGUCCUUGACCUUUUUUGGGGGGGAUAUUAUCAAGGGUCCAAUCGGGGUCCCGUUCAGAGCCAUACGGCUUUCUUAUCCCUGUGUUUUUCCAGAAAUGCAGAGUGGCAUUAUCACAGAAUGAAAGUAUGAGUGUUGGACAGAUGGACGGUUGAACGCUGACCCCUGAUCCCACUGUUAGUUACUCAAAGAACAACAGAAAGAAGAAACGGAGGAUGUUGCUUUUCUCGUUUCGGAGCAGUGUUAACCUUUAGUGCUCGGACACUCGGACUGACUGGCCUAUUCUCCUAUAUCUCUGCUGUCUGAUGUCACUGUCUGAUGAUAUCUGAUGAUAUCAGACAGGCAAGCUGGGGGAAAAACAAGCAGCUAGGACGUUUUGUUUUCCGUAUUUCCGUAUUUCCUUCUUUUACGUAUCUCUCUCUACCUAUCAUUCUCUCUCUCUUUCUCUCUCUGCUUUUGUUCAACCAAUACAAAAAAAAAAAACAAGAAAUUAUUCCCAAAAAUGGCAUUUCAGGAAAAAGGAAGCAGGACCAACUGGUGCUGGAUUUCGCAGCGGACCGACAGGAGGCUCGUAUUAAAAAAACGGACAGACUGACGGACCGUACGGUUGGAUGGAUUGUUAUAUAAUACGUGAGGUAGCUUUCGAUUCUCUUUGAUUUCACAUCCAUUGUCGGCUCUUUCUAAAAAGGAUCAACGUUUUGCAUUGUGAUGUACUUUGGUUAUAAAUACUGUAUGUCUCUGUAUGUUGAUUUUAUUAGUAUUAUAUAUACUUUUUUAUUGAUUAUUAUUAUCGAUGCAUUCAAUUCACUGUCACCAUUCCGAAAAAAGGGGCUGGACUUUGAUAAUAUAUUGAUAUUGAUAUUGAUAUUAAUAAUAAUAGCAAAAAUAAUAUCAAACAAUAACCCUUCUUUCAGAAUUUUCAUGUAAUACUGUUCCUCUCUUCUGGGUGGCAUGUUGAUGAGUGCUUUCUGUACAGGAUUCACAAAUACAGAAAAAAUAUGGAAAAUUUUGGUAAAAUUAGAGAAGAUUUCUUAUUUGAUAUCUCCACAAUAUUGAAUAGGUGAAUGAAUAGUGCUCAAUAUAGAGUUAAAAUCUUUAAAAACAAUAAUGAAUUAUUUUGAAUUUGAAUGUCAAAAAUCAAAAACGGAAAAUUUUCAAAUUCAAAAAUUUUGCUUAACAGCAACAAUAUGUUUUUUUUUUUUUUAUAUUUCAGAAUUCUGUACAUUUAACAUGUUUCAGCCAGAGAAAAGGAAACAGUGUGACAUUGUUUCUAAAUUCAAUCUACAAAUUCCAAGGAUAAACCACAAAUUCCAAAAACACAAAAAAUCACAAAAUUUAUUUUACACACUACCCUGGCAGAGAAGAUACAUAGAAAAAAAAGAGAGACUGUUUAGUAACGAUAGACUAUAAUGGGCUAAGAUGGGCUAGAUCAAAGUGGUGGGUCACAUGGUACAGGUUCCUUGAAGGUUCCAGGAUGAACCCCUAACCCUAAUUCAGUCACUUGUUCAGUAGUCUUCACUUUUACUAUGUUUUUACUGUAUUUUCCGUAUUUCUACAUCAUAUAUUUGUUUUCUUUUUUUUUUAAGAAACAUUCUGUUGGUUUUGUUUUCUUUUUUUUUCUUACUGGUGGAUGAACAUCAGCUGUGAUACAAAGCAUCGCUUUAAUGAGUAAAAAAAAAAAAUGAAAACAAAUAAUACGACAUUGCGGUCACGGAAUACCUCAUACCACGGUGUUUCCUCUUAACUCCGUUACCAAGAGGAUACUUGCUGUGGCUUAGCCGACAUGGUGACUCUCCAUAUCAGUUUCAAAGAUCUAUAGUAUCUAGAUAUAUGAAAGUUAUCUACAAUUCACUGUGUGAGUUGAGAAAAAAAAAGUGUCUGGUUCGCAUGUGAGAUUUUUAAAAGCUUCUUUUUUUUUUGCUUUCCGUAAAAAUUCCAAACUAGAAAAUAACCAUUCUCAGCAGUGCCACGCCAAAUUCUUCUGAUGUUUCUUUUUUAAGUUUUAAUUUUAUUUACGUUUUAAUUUCCUCCCCAUUUUGCUUUCGUUACAGGUUACCAAAGAGAUUUGUAGUAAACCAAAAACCCUCCAUGUUUUUUUUUUUAAUUCCUUUUUUAUUCCAAAAAAAAAAAAAAUGGCCAAAAGGACAGUCAUUGCUUUAAUUAUUAUUUUAUUUUAUUUUAUUAGCUUAAAUAUUAUUCAUUAAGAUAUUCUUCAUAACUUACAGUACAGAGAAUUCCAAAAAACCAAAGUAUGAGAUGCAAAAGAGAAUUUGGUGGUUUGAGAAAAAAGAUAAAAAGCCCGUCUUUAAGUAUACGUUACGCGAAUGAGUUCAAAUUAUUUACGGAAUGAGGCCAAAUAAAAAAAAGAGAGAGAGACAAACAGUAUUAAAUAAAUAAGCCUCUUGCAGUUCUUUUAGUUGAAAAAAAAAAAUACAGUUAAGCACUUAAUGCUUAGGCAAUGGCAGUGUUAAGAACACAACUUCACUUUCCGUAAAAUAAAAAAAAAAUACAUUUACGGAAAACAGAAAACGUCUAAGAUUUCUUUACAACUUUGCAAGAUUGCUUUUACGCAAUUAAGGCACUUGAAUGACAGCGAAGAACAGCGAGAAAUUUAUAUUUGACUCUGUAGAAGCCAGCAGAAAACGCUCAGUGUUCCUUUUCCUAUGUUCCGUAAUUUAUUUCCGUCAGUUUUUUUUUUGCAGUGUGUAUCAUGUAACACUUCAAAAUACACUUCAGUUUAAGCGACAAAUACCAAAAAAUAAACUCGGCAAGCAUUUCACCAAAAUAAGCAUGACAACAACAACAACAAAAAAACAAUGUCUUCAUCUGGUGCAUUUUUAAACACGUCAAAAUUCGCUAAUUUACGAUUUAAUUGUUUGGAAAUUAAUUAACAUAUUUUAUUUGCUGGUUUUUACUGGUGCUGAGAAAGUCCUUUGAAAAUUACGGUUCGGAAGAUAAACACGCAUCGUUCACGUAAAACAAAUGUCGAAUGAUUGACAGGAGCGGAAGUCUUUUAAAAGCUUUGAUUGGACAGUUUCAGCCGUGAUUGCACUUCAGACUUGCAUUUGAUCUGGUGGAAACGUUUUUAAAAAACAAUAGACAAUAGGACAAAAUCGCUUUCUCAAGUUUCUUUUUUGUUCUUUCUUCUUUUUUUCUUUCUUUCUUUCAUUUCUCAAUUCAAGAGAGGUUUGUCGCACCUGGUUUAAGGACGGACGCUUGUGAGAUAAAAAACCAAAAAUGUCGCCUCUACCUCCUUUCAAAAGUAGUCCACGACAACAAGAAAAAAAGACGCCGACGACGCCAACGAAAGACGCUCACCGUCGCUCGCACUCGUACGUGUCGUUAUCUCGUUCAUCCUCUUUCAAACCUAGUUGAGAACCAAAAUACGCUUCUUUUGAUGUGUGCUCGUGAACAGACAGCUCGCGCUGGCUUAUCUCUUUUGAGUCCAAAUGAAUUAUCAUUAGCAUUAACAUUAGCGUUAGCAUGAAUGGGAAAAAAAAGAAAACAUACACUUGUAACACACUCUAACACACUCUUACACGCAUCGCACUACUGGGAUGAAAGAAAAUGAAAAAAAAAACAACAGAUAUGACUACCUCUUCGCCCUAUGACGAACGAUAACAACCAAACCGAAUUCCAAAAUGAAAAAAAAAAACAAACAAACAAACAAAUGCUGACUCCCGUUUUUUUAAGGUCUACUCCAAACCACAAAAAAACUGCACAGUCCAUCGCCAUCUUUAAGUGAGCCGUUAGUAUAUUAGCCUAUCGUCCACAUAUAUGUCUACACACAUAUAUACGUCCUCUGGAUUCGCGCGGAGGCUUAAUUGUGUGUUCUAAUUCCGCAUGCAUAAUGAGGGGCCAGGCCCCGCUUUAAGCCAAUGAGACGGCCAGUCAUUAGAGCGCACUGGAUGGGGCAGUCAGUUGGGUGUCAGGAACGAUGAUGGGCAGAAUGCAUUAACUAACGCCAAGCUUCGCUCCGUUCAGCGGCCCCCGCUUUCCAAUUAAUGCAGAGUGUGGCUUUGUGACGGCUUCGGGUGGGGGGAAAAACGGACGGUGGGGGGUUUGGGCAGGACGUGGAUGUGGAAAACCACACUCGAGUGUCUGCGGCGCUCCGGCUGGCUGACGGGAAGUGACUAAUACAGUGGGACUAAUACAGUUUUUCAUUCUGUAGCUCAAAAACAACUUGAGGACCCCGUUUAUACCUGGGCAACAUUUACACCUGGGUAUUAUUUGUGCCUGGGCAUUGUUUACAGCUGUUAGGGCAAGUCAUGUGACCUGUUUCUGGACUGUAUAGUAUCUGGAUUCCAUGAUGUUGCUGAAUAAGAUGGAAUACGCAAAUUUGCAUAUUGUGUGCCAGUUAUUACUGGUGUUUAGGUGCCAGAAAAUUGCCACACUUUUACAGCUAUUUUCUUGCAUUAUUAAAUAAAAAACGGCAGCAAUUACAUUUUUUAUAGUUAAACCCUUUCAGACCCUGCGUCCAAUGUGUUACAAUGGACAGAAUGUGUUUUCUUUUUUUUCCCGAUGUUUUCUUGCACAUAACGCUUAUUUAAGCCUGUUGUCCAUCAGAAUACAACAUUUUCCAGUCAAUCAAAAAUGUACCGUAGCUUAGCCCCACCCACUAAAAUUAAAAGCUAAUUUUUAUCAAUCAAAUUUUAUCUGUUUAUGUGUAUUUAGAACACUGUUAUCAUGUUAACAUGAUAAACUGUUCAUGGAUGAUUUGUGAAGUAAAAAGGUGAAAAUCAAAUCUAAAAUAAAAGUGUUAAACACCUUAAAAAAUCUAUCAAAUUCUUUAGUUAACUGGAUUUAAUAUUUUUUAUACAGGUUUUUCUCUAUUUUUCACUGAAACAUAAUUCAGGUCUGAAAGGGUUAAAAACAUGUCAUCAGCUUACGGUUAUUCAGGAAGAGAAAGACGAGUACUCAGUUUUUUUCCAUUAAAUCAAACUUUUAAUAAUGUAUUGGUCUUUUUACACUUUUUUGCAUUUUUUACACAUAAUUUGGCUUCAUCCAGAUACAAUUAAGAUACUAAAUAUUAAGAUACUAAAUACCCAUGAAGUGACCAGGUGUAAACGGGGUCAAAGGCAAAGGUCAUUCCGAUCAAAGGUGAGCUCAGGCGAGCUUGGCUACAGGACUGCACACGUGCGAGCGAAAUAAAACUUUUACUAAACCAAAAUUUCCAAAGAGAAACUUCUACACGCUACACUCUUGAAAAAAUAAAUAAAUAAAUACACGGAUGGAUGAUGAUAAAAUACAGAUAAAAAUAACGGAAAACUAUAACGGAUUUUUUUUACUGACUCUCUCAGUAAUACGGAACUGCUGCAUUCACUGAAUACAAACGGUCAAUCGUGCUUUAACAAAAAAAAAAAGGUACACCUGUAUACAAAGUUGUUUUAUUUUAUAAAGAUGUAAGACUGACACGUCGACGGUAUUAGCGAUCACCACAACACUUUGGAUACUCUUACAAUCUUGUUGUAAUGAUGUAUUACUAUUAUUAUUAUUGAUGUAUAUUAUUAUUACUGCUCUUCUUUACUGGCUUUGCUCUCAAGGGCACUUUUAUUUCCCCCGAUUGCUUUUUUUCAAUUUUUUAUUUCAUUUUAUUUUUUGCUUUUUGUUAUUUUUAUUCUGAAUUUGAUUUUUCUUUUUUUUUUUUACACUUUGUCUAGCUAUUGUAAAGCUUUGAGCUUCAGAAUUCCUAUACUGUAUUGCUUAUGCUGAAGUGUAUGUAUUUAUCAUAUUAUGUGUUGCAGGUAUCACGGUUAAAUAGGUUUGUUUUUCAUGAUUUAUUUUCUCAUUUUUUCCUUCAUAAAACGUCUGGGACGAUGAUUUUUUUGUUUUUUUUAUUUCUUUUUUUUUUCUUUUUUCUUUUUUUUGUUUUUGUUUUGUGUAUUAUCUCGAAGAAUAAAAAAUGUCAAAAAAUAAACAAAAACAAAUAAAAGGUUAAAAAAGUUAGAUAAGUGGUUUAGGUAAACACCUGUUUGUAUAUUUAUCUUAGUUAGGUCUAUUUUGAUACUUUUUGUCUCUGUAUAAUGAUGGCAUUUAUGCAUUUUUAAGGAAAAAAAAACGAAAAAUGAAAAAUGCGAGAAAACACAAAGUUAAAAAAAAAAAGUUGAACUCGUUGUGUAACGAUACCUCAGAAGGACUUUUUUUUUCUCAAAAAUCCAAAAAAAAAGAAGACAGGACCAAAACCUCGCUUGAGGAGAAAGAGGAAUACGUUAAAAACAGACCUGAAGAAAAAUAUGUAGCCCUCUCUUGCUUUUCAAAAAGAGCAAAUCUGAGGCGGGACUUUUAUUCGUGGGUCCUUUUUAGGUGCCGAUAUGUGUGUACAGACUCCCUUUAAACCCAAUCAUUCCUGUAGUGAUAAAGGCGGCGUAGCCGUCGCUAACGGUGGCAGUGGCGCUUUAUGUGGCGGUAGCUUUAGCUUCGUGUUGGCGCGGUGGCUGGUGGUGUUGGCGUGGUGUCGUUCUUGUUGACUCUUGACCCAGCAGGCUUGGUGGGAAGGCACUUAUUGGUGCAAUUAGCAUUAGCGAACAGUUCUAAACAAUGCUAAUGCUAAUGCUUGUGUCUUCACUGGUUUACUGGCUUCCUUUUUUCACUUUAGUUCGCUCUAGUUUGCUUUAGUUGUAUUGAAUGCCAUUGGAAAUUUAAAAAAUAAUGGCACUCCAAUGGAUUUAGUUGGGUUUUAGAUUAUUUUUUAGUCUCAGUUCUAUUGAUUUUAGCUCUUGGGGAGAAGCUCGGUCUGCAGAGGAUAAUAUAACAUUAUUUAUGUUUCUUUUUUUGUUGUCGAUUGUUCGUUUUUUUCUUGUUCGUUUUCCAGCAGCAUACCAAAUAAGACUCCAGAAAGGCUUUCAGAAACUGCCGUUCAUCUUCUACGUCCACCAAAGUGGUUGUGCGUAGAUUUUUUUUUUUCGUACUCCAAAGUGGUCAAAUCUACCACAGUCGUAACCAAACUAAGACGUAACGAAGGUGAACCGGCACCUGUGAGCAGUGUUUCAGCACCAACGCUCUCUCUCUCUCUCUCACUCUCUCUCAGCAAACUUUUCUACUGCUUUACCACUUUCUACCACAGCAGCCACCACCACAUUCAUGCCAGCACCGAGCGCUGUGAUUGGCGUAAAGUGCCACUGCCCUUGACAGACGGCUCUAAAGGCGACGUAUUGUCCAGGAAAAGGGACCCUAGCAAAGGGAGUUUAAGCCCGAAUGGUGUUAACUUUUUUUUUUGGCCAAUGGAACGGAACUACCACUUCAGCUCUCCUUUUCAUCGCAUCUUAAGAAUGUGUGUAAAUUUUUCAGCAGUGACUUCUAUGUACUUAGUUUAUUAUAUAUAUAUAAUAUUUUUGUUUACUUUUGUUUUUUUUUUGUUGUUUCGUUUUGUUUUAUCUUUCAAAUGAGACUUUGGGGGAAGAAUAGGUGGUGGUUCUGAGAUGGUAUAGAGAAAAAAAAAGGCAACUAGCCAUCCACCGUUAUUGUUUUUACCCCGGGGUGACCAUGUUUAUGCCAGUCACUGCCAUUUUUUCUUCAUGCUGUAUAAAAAAAAAAACACAUAUAUCUGUGUAUUUGUAACCUGAAUCUUCUUGUGUCUGCCCAUGCAGACAAUAAAAAAACUGUACAGUAGUUCUAGUUGCAUGUAAUCUGUACUAAUUAUUGACAAUGGCAUUAUAAAAUGCAAUAAAAUACUUAUUACACUGUC